GCCGAGGCGAGCAGCCGUCGCCGCCUAUAUAUCGCGGCGCAGGGCAGCAGGAGUUCCACACUUCCAUACACGCCUGCCUUGUGCCUUCCCUUCCCUUGCCUUGCUUCGCUUAUUGCCGGCACAUCACAUCGGCAGGCGAGGGACGGAGCGAGCAGGGAAGCCCAUCCACCAGCCAGCCACCGCGUUCCUGAGAAGCGAGGAGCGAGAAAAGCGAAGAGCGGCCAUGUUCUGGCACGGGGUCGCGGACCGGCUGACGGGAAAGAACAAGGAGGCGUGGAGCGAGGGCAAGAUCCGCGGCACGGUGAGGCUGGUCAAGAAGGAGGUGCUGGACGUCGGCGACUUCAACGCCUCGCUCCUCGACGGCGUCCACAGGAUCCUCGGCUGGGACGACGGCGUCGCCUUCCAGCUCGUCAGCGCCACCGCGGCCGACCCCAGCAACGGGGGCCGUGGCAAGGUGGGGAAGGCGGCGCACCUGGAGGAGGCGGUGGUGUCGCUCAAGUCCACGGCGGACGGGGAGACCGUGUACCGGGUGAGCUUCGAGUGGGACGAGUCGCAGGGCAUCCCGGGCGCCGUCCUGGUCAGGAACCUGCAGCACGCCGAGUUCUUCCUCAAGACGCUCACCCUCGAGGGCGUCCCAGGCAAGGGCACCGUCGUCUUCGUCGCCAACUCGUGGGUCUACCCGCACAAGCUCUACUCCCAGGAACGCAUCUUCUUCGCCAACGACACCUAUCUGCCGAGCAAAAUGCCGGCGGCGUUGGUGCCUUAUCGGCAAGAUGAGCUCAAGAUUCUCCGUGGCGACGAUAAUCCUGGACCAUACCAGGAGCAUGAUCGCGUCUACCGUUACGACUACUACAAUGACCUUGGUGAUCCCGACAAGGGCGAAGAGCACGCUCGGCCGAUCCUCGGUGGCAGCCAAGAACACCCGUAUCCCCGUCGCUGCAGAACUGGCCGGCACCCAACAAAGAAAGACCCAAAUUCGGAGAGCAGGCUUUUCCUGCUGAACCUGAACAUCUACGUCCCGCGUGACGAACGCUUUGGGCAUCUCAAGAUGUCGGACUUCCUUGGGUACUCGCUGAAGACGAUCAUCGAGGCUGUUCUUCCAACACUGGGGACUUUCGUCGAUGACACGCCCAAGGAGUUCGAUUCGUUUGAGGAUAUCCUCGGGCUCUACGAGCUGGGCCCAGAGGCACCCAACAACCCACUGAUAGCAGAGAUCAGGAAGAAGAUCCCCAGCGAGUUCCUUCGAAGCAUUCUGCCGAACGGUAGCCAUGACCACCCGCUAAAGAUGCCCCUUCCAAAUGUCAUCAAAUCAGAUGUGUUGAAAAAGGCUCCGGAGUUUAAGUUUGGCUGGAGGACUGACGAAGAGUUCGCGAGAGAGACACUUGCAGGCGUGAACCCAGUAAUCAUCAAACGUCUGACGGAGUUCCCCGCUAAAAGCACCCUGGACCCAAGGCAGUACGGAGACCACACCAGCAAGAUCACUGAAGCUCACAUCCGGCAUAACAUGGGAGGCCUGUCGGUGCAGAACGCACUGAGGAACAAGAGGCUCUUCAUCCUAGACCACCAUGACCAUUUCAUGCCGUACCUCGACGAGAUCAACGAGCUGGAGGGGAACUUCAUCUACGCCAGCAGGACCCUACUGUUCCUGAAGGACGAUGGCACGCUGAAGCCCCUGGCCAUCGAGCUGAGCCUGCCCCACCCUGACGGCCAGCAGCGCGGCGCGGUCAGCAAGGUGUACACCCCGGCUCACACCGGCGUCGAGGGCCACGUCUGGCAGCUCGCCAAGGCUUAUGCCUGCGUAAACGACUCUGCCUGGCAUCAGCUGAUCAGCCACUGGCUGAACACGCACGCGGUGAUCGAGCCGUUCGUAAUCGCGACAAACCGGCAGCUCAGCGUGGUGCAUCCCGUGCACAAGCUGCUGAGCCCGCACUACCGUGACACGCUGAACAUCAACGCCCUGGCACGCCAGACACUCAUCAACGCCGGCGGCGUCUUCGAGCGCACCGUGUUCCCUGCAAAGUACGCGCUGGGGAUGUCGGCAGACGUGUACAAGAGCUGGAAUUUCAACGAGCAGGCUCUCCCAGCAGAUCUCGUCAAGAGAGGUGUGGCUGUGCCGGACCAGUCAAGCCCAUAUGGUGUCCGACUGCUGAUCAAGGACUACCCCUAUGCCGUUGACGGGCUCGUCAUCUGGUGGGCGAUCGAGCGGUGGGUCAAGGAGUACCUGGACAUCUACUACCCUAACGACGGCGAGCUCCAGCGUGACGUGGAGCUGCAGGCGUGGUGGAAGGAGGUGCGUGAGGAGGCGCACGGCGACCUCAAGGACCGAGACUGGUGGCCCAGGAUGGACACCGUCCAGCAGCUGGCUAGGGCGUGCACGACCAUCAUCUGGGUGGCAUCCGCGCUGCACGCGGCUGUCAACUUUGGGCAGUACCCAUACGCCGGGUACCUCCCGAACCGGCCGACGGCCAGCCGGCGCCCGAUGCCGGAGCCAGGCAGCCACGACUACAAGAAGCUGGGAGCGGGGCAGAAGGAGGCGGACAUGGUGUUCAUCCGCACCAUCACCAGCCAGUUCCAGACCAUCCUGGGCAUCUCGCUCAUCGAGAUCCUCUCCAAGCACUCCUCCGACGAGGUGUACCUCGGCCAGCGUGACGAGCCUGAUCGCUGGACGUCAGACGCCAAGGCGCUGGAUGCGUUCAAAAGAUUCGGGAGCCGGCUGGUGCAGAUUGAGAAUCGGAUCAAGACGAUGAACGACAGUCCGGACUUGAAGAACCGGAAGGGGCCUGUGGAAAUGCCGUACAUGCUGCUGUACCCCAACACGUCGGACGUUACCGGCGAGAAGGCCGAGGGGCUUACUGCCAUGGGCAUUCCCAACAGCAUCUCCAUAUGAGCCUGGGCAGAUUGUGUCUCGUAGUAAAUUGUUGUGCUGCGCCGUGCGAUGUGUUUCUUCAUUGGUUUUGUCAGUCUCAGGGUAGGGGAUGGAGAUCAUACCAUGAUCUUUGUAGGGUUGAGAGAGGAGUCCACGCUUGAAUAUUGUUGUCAUGUAUGUAAUUCUUGGUUAAUAAUAAAGUUCGUCAGUUCAUUUCUUA